AUGGAGCAUAGACUAUUUACACAGUGUAGCCGUGGUACAGUACAACUUGGAGCAAUUCGCCACAGAACCCAAACGGCCUUUCUUUGGAGUGACCGGGCACUUGCGAAUAAUGGCUCACUGACGAUGCUGGCUGGCGCUCCACCCCUCGUGUGGACGCCACAGCUGCAGGCGGCGGUCGGCCGUCCGUCCGACCACCGGCUGCUCGGCCAUCCAGCGCCCCACGACCAGCAUCUAUUUUGA